UGCCACCCUCUCCUCUCCGUAACAAGUAAGCGACGUCCAGCUCCGCCCGGCCCCGGCUCGCACUCGCUUCGUGCUUGCCGCCCGCCUCCCCCACGGCCCCACCGCGCUCCUCGUAGUUCUCCCCGGCCGCCUCCAUCUGUCGCGCGACGUACCCGAGGGAGGGAGGAGCAGCGGCAACCGGCAACCACCAGGCCAAGCCACGCGACGAGCAACCGCCGGCGGCGGGCGGUUCCCAGCUCCCGCAUGCGGUUGGCGCCGGCGGCAGCGGCGGCGCGGCGGCAUUCCUCGCGAUCGCACGGGCGGCGGCGGGGAUGGGCCUCGUGGGCGGCGUCCUCGGCUUCUGCGUCUGCCUCCCCGUCGGGCUUGCCGCCGCCUACUUCCUCUACCUCCGCUACUUCGCCGCUCGCCGCCUCCAGGAUCCUGUCAUUAGACCUCUACGAGAUUUAGAUUCCGAAACCCUACAGACAACAAUACCAGAUAUUCCAUUAUGGGUGAAGAGCCCAGACUAUGAGCGGAUUGAUUGGAUGAACAAGUUUAUUUUUGACAUGUGGCCUUUCCUGGAUAAGGCAAUAUGCAACAAUAUAAAACGUGCAAUGAGACCGAUAUUCGAUCAAUAUGAUGGACAAUAUGGUAUAGAAUCCAUUGAAUUUGAAGAGUUGACACUCGGGGCACUUCCCCCUACAUUUCAAGGUAUUAAAGUUUAUGAAAUGCUAGAAAAAGUAUUGGUAAUUGAGCCUGUGAUUCGGUGGGCUAGCAUAGCAAAUGUAAUCCUGAAUGCAAAGGUGCAUUCUUUCAAUGUGUCUGUUCAGCUUGAAGAUUUGCAUAUAAUGCUAACUCCUCGUGUGACUCUCAAGCCACUUGUGCCAAGCUUUCCCUGUUUUGCUAACUUAUGUGUGUCAUUAAUGGAGAAGCCACGUAUAGAUUUUGGACUCAAAUUGUUGGGAGGAGAUAUCAUGGCAAUACCAGGGUUGUAUCAUUAUGUUCAGGAUCAAAUAUCAAAGCAAAUCUCAGUUCUGUACCAUUGGCCUAAGGUUAUUCAGAUUCCAAUCUUAGAUGGAGUAAGUGGCGCUACAAAGAAGCCGGUUGGAAUCUUGCAUGUAAAGGUAAUAAGAGCCCUGAAUCUUCUCAAGAUGGACUUGCUUGGAAAGUCUGAUCCCUAUGUCAAGAUGCGCCUGAGUGGUGAAAGGCUGCCCUCAAAGAAAACAUCUGUUAAGAUGAGAAACUUGAAUCCUGAAUGGAAUGAACACUUCAGGUUCAUAGUCAAGGAUCCUAAUACUCAAGUCCUUGAGCUCCACAUGUUUGACUGGGAAAAGGUUAAGAUGCACGAUAAAUUGGGUAUGCAAGUAAUUCCCCUCCGCUUGCUUACACCUUACGAGAGCAAGCUAUUCACACUCGACCUUGUUCGAAGCAUGAAUCCAAAUGAUCCGCAUAACAAGAAAAAUAGAGGACAGCUCAUUGUUGAGUUGACAUUUGAUCCCUUCCGAGAAGACAAUAGCAGGACCAGUGUGGCUUUGGACGGUGAAGGUAAUGCAAGCAUAAGGGAAGGAAACGGUGAAUCCAGUGGUGGGGUGUUGUUGGUUUCAGUAGAAAAUGCAGAAGAUGUCGAAGGGAAGCAGCACACUAAUCCAUAUGCUGAGGUUCUUUUCAGGGGAGAACGGAAGAAAACAAAGGUGAUAAGGAAAACAAGAGAUCCAAGAUGGAGCGAGGAGUUCCAGUUCAUGGUAGAUGAGCCUCCAGUGGAAGAUAAGGUCCAUAUCGAAGUUAAAAGCAAACGUCGCGGGCUUCCCUUCCGCAACAAGGAAUCCCUAGGGCACGUGAAUAUAAACCUGGUGGAUGUGGUGAACAAUGGCCGGAUCAACGAGAAAUACCACCUGAUCAACUCGAGGAACGGGAUGAUACAAGUCGAGAUCAAAUGGAGCACGGUGUGAUUGCCGCACUCCUUUUUGUGCUUGGUGUUCUAAACGCUGUUAGCAUAUGUUGUAACACCAAUGGACAGCGGAGACGCGUGUGACUUGUUUGUAAGUUGCAACAUGCAACAUGUAAAAGCACUGGCUCAAUCUCCUUGGGUCGCUAGCCCAUCAGGGCUUGUUGAGUUGCUUGCAUUGAGCGCCAUUGAGGCAUGAGUAACAAAUCUCAUAUUGUCAAA